AUGUGCCCGGCGUCCGUGCGUUCAACCCGGCAUUCACCCUGUCCUCGGCAGCCCUUGUGUGUGCCGGUGUACGUCAACUGCAUGGCACUCACCGACCCCGCCAGCCUCUUCCCCCAGAUGGAGCGCGCCAUAGAAGCAGCACAGGCUGCGCACCACACCUCCCCCUCUAACCACGGCGGGCGGAAGGGCGGGCGGCAGCGAGGGGGCACAGGACGAGCGCGGCCGAGCGGGGAUGGCGAAGGGGCGAGAGAGGCCGUGUUGUCGCUGCUGCAGCAGGAGGUGCAGGAGGAGGAGGCGGAGCAAGCGGAGAGGAUUGAGUCGCGGGUGGUUGUGGGCGAGGCUGCGAGGGAUGCAAGUGAGGAGGCAGAGUCUUCAGGGGAGGACGAUGACGUGGUUGAAGUGGUGACAGGGGACGCACGACAGGCAGGGGCCGAAGGUCAUGCAGGGGACGCACGGCAGGCAGCGGACGCACGGCAAGCAGGAGCUACAGGACAGGCAUGCGCUGCAGGGGCGCGCGCUGCAGGGAAGGGACGAGUGACGCGGGGGACAGGAGGUGGCAGAAGCGGGGAGAAGGGUGGCGCAGGAGCAAGGAGAGUGCUGCGGCUGAGGGAGGGAGAGGGGGGGAAGGGGCAGGUGGGCGGGAGAGCCAAUGCUGGUGGUGACAAGAGUGGGAGGAAACCUAUGAUACUGGUGGUGGCGGACGAGGUGGAUCAGCUGGUGAGGGGCAGAGACACCUCCGUACUCACCGACCUCUUCCUCCUGCCCUCGCUCCACGCCCACUCGCGCUGCAUCCUCAUCGGCAUAUCCAACUCCAUUCAUCUCAUCGACUCUCUGCUGCCACACCUCUCCCGCCCCAACUCAAUGGGAGUGACAGCACGCCCAACACUCCUGCCGUUCCCAGCAUACGAUCGCAAUCAAAUCUACGAGAUUCUCUCCCAAAGGCUCCAGGCUGCUGGAGGGAUGCCAGUCGGUGCAGCAGCGCGUGGGGCAGCGGUGGCGGGAGGGGCACGGGAGAGCGCAUGCACGGCGUUCUCGUUUGACCCCAUGGCGCUGCAUCUCUGCGCUCGGAAAGUGGCAGCGGCGUCAGGGGACAUGCGCAAGGCGCUUGACAUCACCAGAAUGGCAGUGGAUGUGCUCGAGGCAGAGAUCCAGGCGCAGCUGAGGGAGGCACACAUGGGGGAGGUGGAUGUGAGGGAGGCAGAUACUAGGGAAGCCCUGCCUGGUGCAGGCUCACCUGCUGACAGCACUGUUGGGGCGACAGGGGACGGCAGGAGUGGCAAGCGGGCGGCAGAGGGGGAGGCAGUGGGGCAGGCGACGGGCAAGAGGCAGCGAGGGGGGGCCGUGGCGGAGGCGGUGUCCCUGCAGGUGCAGGUGCAUCACAUGGCACAGGCCCUCUCCCGCUCCUUCGCCUCCUCCACUGUCGAUUGCAUUCGCUCGCUGCCGCUGCACCAGCAGAUGGUGUUGGUGGCGUGUGUGCAGCAGCACCAGCAGCACAGGGCACGGCACCGCUUCAUCACCCGGGCCAAGCCUCCCUCCACCACCAACGACUUCCUCCUCUCGCAGCUGUACAGCAUGUAUGCAGGCUUGGCACGCUCGCUGCACGUGCCGGCCGUCACACUCAACGAGGUCACUGGCAUGUGUGCCAUACUGCACGGCCAGGUGCGGUGCGCCGCGCGCGCACGGCAGCAGGCAGCCAUGGAAGCGUCGCACGAGGCGCUUGCGAAGGGCAAGGUGAUUGGCGACGUGCUCGACGACUUUGUGCCGUCGCUCGACAUCAAGGUGAAGUACGGUGGCAGGGAGGUGCGAAACGGUGACGAGCUAACGCCCAGCGAGGCAGCAGAAGCGCCAUACGUCGAGCUGGCGGGGCGACACGAGAACGGGGACCUCUACACACUCGUAAUGUCGGACCCAGACGCGCCCAGCCCAGACAACCCCGUGGCGGCCGAGUGGUUGCACUGGCUAGUGGUGAACAUACCAGGCGCAACAACGCUCCCACACAGCAGCGCAGGAGACUUAGUGAUGGCCUACAAGGGCCCCUCCCCGCCCACGGGCGUGCACCGCUACGUGCUCUCUCUCUUCCGCCAGCCGCACCGCCUCACCACCGACACACCUGCUGCGGUCAAGGGCUUCAAGACCCGCCAGUUUGCACAACAGUUUGGGUUGGGGACGCCCGUGACUGCGCUAUUCUUUCGCGCGAGGAAGGAGGAGUGA